UUUACAACCAUUUUUCACUUUCAAAACACUUUCUCUCAAUCAUUGAGUUUGAGAUGGAUGAUGAACGCAGAGGUGUGUUGUCAAUCUUAAGCGGCGGAGACGAUUGGUUUGCCUGGUAUUCUUCAAUAACAGAUUUCAAGCCGAAUUUGGGAGAAGAGGAUUUGAUACAUGAGGAAUUAGCAGGAGGAUGGGUUUUGUAUGAGACACCAUUAAGCCAACUCAAGAUCAUGUCUCUGCUCAGAUUCAUUGCAUCUUCAAGAAAUUGGAUGGUACACUUCCAUUGUUUGAUGCAAUUUUGGAGAGUCGUGAAAGUGGAAGGGAGCCAUCACCAUCUCUCUUGUUCACACCUUCCUUUUUAUGUUACAAGUCUCAACAAGGGAUUAUGUAGGCUCCGGAAGCUAUGUAUCAAUCAGGAGUAUGUUGCCGGAGGAGAUGAUGAGAAGCAGCUUGGAGGCGUGGGAUGGGUGUACCGGAACAGGCUACCCGAAUCCACACCGGAUCUAAGACUAUACUCCACCCAUGAAUUUCCGAUGCGGGAUGAAGCUGCUCGCUGCGGUUUCAGAGCUUACAUGGCACUGCCUCUAUUUGAUUCCCACACAUUUCAAUUCUACGGUGUGUUGGAGAUCUUUCAAAGAUAUAAUUCUCUUCAUAAGAUGAAUCAUUUGCUAUCUGUGCUGGAUGGAGCACUGCAGUUCGCAGGGUUGAGAUCCAAUCACAAAUCCAUUGCUAUUACAAAAGAAAUGAGGCAGCCUGGAAGUGAAAUAUCACAGGUACUUGAAUUGGUUAUGGCGACAAUCCCGCGAAUAUAUCUGGCACAAGUUUGGAUCCCUUGUAACAAGCAGUGUGUUAACAUAUUCACCAACUUAUGUUGCAUGGAGAUGGUAUCCUUCAUAGAUUCUCAAACUAAGAUAUUCAAUUCGUGGUCUGAUAUUGAUGUUGAUAUGCAUGACUAUCUUGAAGCUUGUGAAUUUCACAAUCUUCAAAUAGAUCUUCACAGUUUCCAUUCAACUUUAUGUGGUCUCACCAUAUCUGAAAAUUCAACGGCCCACUAUGUCCAACGGGCUAGGAUGUCCCAUUUUAUUGCAGUUUCUCAUAAGAGCAAUGACAAUAACUUGUAUUGCGUCAUUCAAUUUUUUCUUCGAGCAAAGUAUACACGAGAUGAUCAUUCUCUACACUUGCUCUUAAGGAUACUAGAGAUCAAUCUCAAGAGUGUGAGUGUAAUGUUUGUCUCUGGAAAACAACUUCUAGAGGAAUAUGUAAGGCCGAAUGCAAUUGAAUGCGAGUCAAUCGAUACUUUCAGUUUGAUCAAGUCUUACAAGCAAAACUUUUUGGAGUUAGAUGUGACAACAUACUUGAAGACGAUCGACUCAUGUUACCUAAAACCUUCCUCUACGGGUACGGACAAAGGAUGGAUUUUUUGCUUGCCAGCUGAACAAAGCGUAUGCGAAGAACAUGUUGAAAGUAACUCGUGGUUGGUCAAGAUGAAGAUGGAAGGUUUAAUGGAGAAAAUAGCAACAAAAUCUUCGAAACACAAUAAUUGGAUAGUCCAAUUUUGGGCGCCCAAAAUGGAGAAUGGUAGGUGUUGUCUGAAAACUUUAUAUCAACCUUAUGCUGUUAGCUAUCUUGCAAAGGGUGUAGCUUCCUUUAGGAAACAAUGUAUGGAAAAUUACUAUUUUGUUGAUGACGAAGCCAAACAAGAUGAACUCGGACCCCCUGGACGUGUCUUCAGAUUCAAACAUCCUGAAAUUAGUCCCGAUCUCUUCUACUACACUAGAGAAGAAUUUCCAAUGAGAAACUUUGCUAUGGUUUGUUGCAAUCGAGGAUACUUGGUUUUACCCGUAUUUGAGAAUGAAGGUAUAGGAAAUCACAAGAUUGUGGGUGUGCUAGAGUUCCUAGGAUUUUAUCAUUCUGACCUUCCAAUCAUCGAAAAACUAAUGAAGGCAACAAAACUAUGCUCGACUCACAUAGACUACCACCCGAGAUUCUUAGCAAAUGAACCUGCCAAUAUUUUCAAUGGCACGGAAAAAGCUUUGCGAGAAAUCCGUAAUGUCCUUAUCCUAAUCAACGUCAUUCCCCAACUCUAUAUGACAAAUGUUUGGGUCCCUACGAGAGAUUGUGGUGGUACUACUAAUAGUAACAGGAGUUGCAUGGAGCUGACAUUUUCUACUAAUGAUUUCAUGAAAUCUAUGGCUACAAAUUCAGUUCACGGGAUUCAUGUUCAAGCCAGAAAAGGAAUGAUUGGGAUGGUAUUGGCAUCGGAAAACAAAUCAUGUUUUUGUCCAAAUUUAAGUGAGUUUAGCAUAGUUGACCACCCCAUGUCACACUAUGACAUGAGGGAUCGACGUGAUGUUUGUUUUGCAAUUUGUUUGCAAAGUUCAGAUACCGGUAACCUUGUUUAUGUUAUGGAGUUUUUUCUCUACCAAGGUCCUGCAACACGUAUGGAUGUUGGGUCCUUCUUGAGCCUUCUAUUGCCAAUAAUAAAGCAUGCAUUAAGAUCAUUUAAGCUGGCAUGUGGGAAACAUCUAGGAGAAGAGCUGGUGGUUGAAGUUAUUGAAUUUUCUGAUGCAAACAAACUUGAUUCCUCUGAAUUAGAGCCAGCAUGUGUGUAUCCAAUCAUAUUUAAAAGUGUGCAGUACAAUCUAAAAGGAUGCCAUCACACUGAAGUACAACUACCGAAUGAGUAUCAUCAUAUCGAAGAAGAACAACAUGCAGAAGAAUGCAAUGAAGAACAACAAAAUGUGUACCAUCAUGCCGAAGAAGAACAACACGCCAACGAAUGCCCCGUUGAAGAUUCAUAUUUCAAUGCACGAGAAAGAGAGAAGCGAAAAAACUCUCUCAAUCUUAGCACUGAGGUUCUCGAAUCACAUUUUGGGAAGAAGCUAAAAGAUGUUGCAAAAGAGCUUGGUGUUGGAAGGUCAACAAUAAAGCGUGCGUGCAGGGAACAUGGCAUUCGGAGGUGGCCAAAUAGGAUACAACACAAGAAAAAUCCAACCCUUAUUGGAGAACAAAGUGCUGCAGAUUCAGAGCAAGACAUGUUGCCAUCAACCGACAACUUGCAUCCAUUGGAUAAUGUGACACAAACAAACACGGGAAAGGUGAUUGUAAAGGUGAAGUAUAAAGAAGAUAUAAUAAAAUUUGAGUUGUCUCUAUCAUUAUUAGGAUUGGCAAAGCUUAGUGAAGAAGUGGCGAAGAGUCUAAAUCUGGAGAUGGGUAGUUUCAAGUUGAAAUACAUGGAUGAAGAUGGUGAUGAGAUUUUAAUAAGCAGAGAUGUUGAUUUGCAACUCUGUCCAAAGACUCGAACGACAAAAGGCGAGACACUCAUCCAACUGUUGGUUCGAUGACUAAGCUCUACUUUUUUCUUUCAAUCCAUUUAUGAACAAGCGUCUUUGUAAGUUUCUGGACUGAUUUGGCUUACACAUUCUGCUCUGUCAAAACUUUGUUUGUAUCUUUCUCUUUAUAGGAUCUACAGUAUUUUACAAUCUAUUACUCGAACAGAUCUUGAAUUAGUUCAUUAACGAUUAUCUUUAUACAUAUGUGUAUCGGUUUCUAAUCUUCAAAUAAAUGUUCUUCCUCUGUUCAAAUAAAUGUUCUUCCUCCUAUGCUAUACAUGCUGCAUUGUUCAUAAUUAAAAGGAUCUGUGUUAUUUCUA